ACAACACUGGGUACUGAAGCGGAGGGAGUUUCGAAAUAUUUUAAGAUUAGCAGCGUGGGAUCCUGCAAUCUCUUCGAGCCAUUCCUCGGUGUAUUAACAAGAGUAAGAACUGAUGGUGUCUUUUAAACAUGGAGCUAAAGUUGGAGGUUGUGUUAUCAUCCAGCAUCAAACGGAAGAAACCAUGGCCUCGUUUCUGUUGGCUUGGGAAGGAGAAGGAGUCUGUGUUUCUGUUAGAUGACAAACGGAUCAGCGAGAUCAACAUGGUGUCUGGACGCACCAAAAAAAAGACUCCUAAACUUCAUCCUUUGCUCAACAGUGUGGUGACAAUGGCUUCAUCCCACAAUGGUAUGUGGCUUUGUGGACUUUUGGUCUCAGGAGAGCUGUUUCUGUGGAACAGGGAUAAAGAUUUGUUGAAGACUACUGCAUCAGUCCCUGAAGUAGUUCAAAUGAUGACUGCUUUUCAAGGGAAUGCCACACGACUGUCACUCCAGGUUUCCGGGGAUGGGAUGCGUGUGCUCCUGGUAGCCAUUAUGGGGCAAGUGUUCUUGUGGGAGUGUAUGGAUGUCAGGGAUUUGACAGGGUUACGUGAUGGCACAGUCAGAGGACACUGGGCACAUAUACAACCUCUUGAAGACUCCAUUCUGCCUUCCUUGCAAGACAAAGAAGCAUCCCAACACACCAUCUUCAUCAAAACAGAGGUUAUGGGUGAUGCCUGCUUAACCGCCUUUGUGUUCACAUCUGGGAAGAAGUUAGUCAUCACCUGCCUGAAAAUUCAAUGGGAAGAAGGUCAUGUGAGAGUUGGGUCUUUGGGAUACAGCAUACAGUGGGCCACCAAGACAUACCCCAUGUCUCAUCUCACUCCGCCCUGCCAACCACUGAAAUCCAGAGGGGCCUUGGUGCCAGCUUUCUCCCCAGAUGGCCAACUGUUAGCCAUUGUUCUUAACCAGAGAAAGCCUCAGGCUACACAGGUCCUCUUCGUGAGCACACAGAAUUUUGUCUCAAUAUCAAGUGACCUUGGAGGAUGUGGAAGUAAGAAAUUGGAAAUCCCCUCUAAAUACAUAAGGUCGUACUGGGUGGGCAGUGUGAGCUGGUCUCCAGGUGGACUUUUCCUGGCCUGUGUUCUGAAGAGAGGCUCCCUUCUUAUGUUAUCUCGCCUUGGGGGGCUUCUCACUCUAACAAGCCGUGGUUGCAGUAUUGACUUUGGUCGCGCACACUUCCUACCUCUGCACCCUCUCGUCACUUACCGGGCGCCAGUAUCUGCAGGGAAAGGGGAGGCUUCUCUCUCCAGCUCUAGCUUGUCAGUGCGGGAUGUCCUGAGGCAGCGCUACUCUGUGACCUGGCAUCCACGGCUGUUGUACCUCAUUGUGUCUGAUGGCUACAUGGCAACAGUUAUGAGGGUGCUUGAUAAGCCUUCUCCUGCCCUGUUGCUGAAAACACUUAUAAAGGACACAUGCCAAGAUCUUGAGAAGGCCAGCCGGGUACUCGAUAAAUCACAGAUACAUGUGAGGGCGUGGCUGGAGUCCCUAUCGUGCAUGAAUCUCGACAGCAGCCUUACCACAUGUCAGCCCGACACUGCAGACUCUGUGAUUUCAGCAGCCACAGAUGGAUCCACUUUGCCACUUUUCCUACAGGAUCAGGGAACACUGGGUGGUACCAAGGAGCUUCUUGAGAAAGUACAGACGUUCUUUGAGGAUGACUCUGAUGUAGACGGACCUCCUGCUGGUUCCCAUGUGGAGGAUGGCGGCCGUCUAGAGUUUGCCUCAAUGUUUGACACACUCCAUGCUCUGGACACACAGACUGACGCUGGACAUGUUACUAGCCCAGAUUAUGAGGAUGACUUUGUUGAAAUGGGGAGAAAGACACGUCAUCUUCAUCGUGAGCUUGAAAAAAUCCAGACUAAGCUGUUAACAACAUGGGCUCUCAGCAUAUCUCUAGGAACUGCUGUAGAAAACAGAGCUCGUCUGCUGAAGCAUACCCUCUGCUGUGUGGUGCGGCUUGCUGCUUUACUCCAUCUGGUCCCCAGUUCUGAGAACAUAGUGAAAAAGAAUAUCUCGGUUUCUACUCGCCUGCUGCCCCUUCUCAAAGCCCUUCUGGUUUUUCUUCCCUGGGAUAGCACUCACUCAGGUGGGCCACACUGCCUGGGGCUGGUGGUAGAGCUCAGUAAACGGCUGAUUCGCCUCCUGCUGACCCCUCACCCUGAGUCCCACCAGACUGGUCACUGUCAGUUAUCAUCUCACAGUCUGUCCUCAGUCCUGCUUAUUUUGGAGCUGGUCUCUGAUUCUAUUGAUUCCACCUACAGCUUGCAGCAAAAAACUGUCUGGUUCUCUGCAGCAAAGAAAUCUCUUUCCGAGCUACCACAGCUCUGGCCUUCCGAUGCACACUACGUGCGUCUGUUACAGAACGAGAAGGAAGAGAAGUCCAGUUUUGUACAUCAGGCACAACCUUGUCCCCAGCGACCCUCCAGCAGGUUGUUAGGAGUGUGGCAGUGGGUCUACAAAAUCACCCAGCAGUAUAUGGUGGAACUGAAAAGCUUUAAAGGAUGUGACGGUUAGGAGGAACAGCAGCAGCUGUCUGCCAUCAUGUCCAAGAUACAAACAGCUCUGCAAGCCACAGGAGAGAAACUCGAGGAGGGACCUGCACUGCUGAGUUACCCAGGUGAACAUCUUUUCCUGUGUGGCUCGUACCUAAAAAGUGCAGAUACUUUGCGGUCACAGAUUUGUGAGGAGAGCAACAGAAGCUCUGAUCCAAGCGUCUUCAAGGAGAUGCGGCCUUGUCUCGCACUCCUAUACAGUCUGUUAUUCCAGUAUCGUCUGAGAGAAGCCCAGGAGUUGGGGGACCACAUGGCUCAAUUGAUCCUGCGCAGGGCUGGACACCAGAAGGACAACAUGACCUACAUGACAGCAGACACACUUCCUUGCCCGUGGCUGCCAAUGGACCUUCACAGUGAUGUUGCUUGCGCCGUGGUUCAAACCCUGGGGAGAUUCAUGGCCUCAUAUUUCACCAACCAACCCCUCUACAUCCUGCCCCCUCACCAUGUUGCUGUCCUGCCUCCACUACAUCUACCUCAUGCUCCUAGCGUUGGACGCUUGGUGCCACUGUGCCAGGAGGAAGUGACUAGAGCAGUGCGACAACAGCAGCUGUCAGAGUUAUGGACAGUUGACUACGCCCAGGACUUGCUCUUAUUAGGGGGUCUGCUUCCUGAGACUGUGUGGUUGGCUUACCAUCUUGGGGACUGGAAGACAGCGGCCUCUCUGAGCUUGGCCUAUACAAAUUACUGCGCUGACCACUUUGACUUCACUCGGCUCAGGAGGAGAGAGCUUCACCUCCCAACAGCUUUAGAACCAGAGAGCAUUUUUCAGGUUGAGUUGGACUGUCUUCUCGGCAAGUCUGCCUCCCAAGAACACGGAUAUGACGAUGGUGACAAGAGCUUUACAGAACCUUCAGAAGGAGAAGACCGGGACUUGUUACAGGUUUCAGUACAGGAGAUUUUAAAGGCUUCAGUCAUGGCUGGAGUGAAUGUUGUGUCCUCACCCUUGUCUUCCUUGCUGGACACAGCCAAAGACCUGUGUUCUUGCCUGCCUGCCUUAGUGCCAAAUGGGCUGUAUCUGCCUUCCCCCCCUCUUUAUUGCCCUCAGCCCUCUCCCAACACACAGGACCCAGUAGGGACAAGAGGGCAGUUUGCAGAAGUUGCAUCACGUCACAAAGUGUCUGCAGUUCUCCAAAAAUUGCUGUUACUUUUGAGAUCUGCACGUUGUUGCCACCCCGCUGCCCAGUGGUACAUCAGCCAUCUGCGCCAUGCCAGACACAUACUAUUUAAGAUCAAGAGGAAGUACUCCUAUCCAUCAGCCACUGAAGAAGAGGCUUUCCCAGAGGGCCUGAUGAAGUUCGUCACCCGUAGUGGAUUCUUCAGACGGGGGCCGAAUAAAGACCGUCACCUUGACCCUGACACCAUUAAAACCAUCAUCUGUUUCAGGGAGCUGUGUGGUUUAUGCUGGAUGCUUCAUGUCAGGGAUCAGCUCUCCAUUUCUUGCAGGAAGUAUCAGGCAGCCAGACAGCAUGGUGGAGAUGAGCAGAUCCCUGGUGGUUCAGAAGUGAGAUCUACCUGUGUCGAUGCUUUGCGCUGGGCCUGCCGCCUUCUGCCUUUCUCUGGCUUCCUCAAUGCUGAGGAGAUCCUCCAGGACAUACUGCUCAGCCUUGUGUCUGAACUUCCUCCUCUCUCUCUGGUGGCAGACACGCUGGUACGAGCUUUCCCAGAGGAAGAAGAGUCUGUUAGAGUCCCUCUGAGAGAAAAGUAUAACUCACUCCUGCAGAGACUGAGGCAAUGCAGUGUAAUCGAGGGGGAAAAAGAGGAGGUGGACGAGUUGAUGAUGAUUGUCAUUCAAGAAAAAUUCAGGCAGAGGAGAAAACAUCUUGGGCGUUUGACGAGGCACCUGGCCCCCCCUGAGCUCCAUCUGUGGGAGAAAGAGGUUGAGGAGGAGGACAAGGGAAGCAAACAUGGAUUGGCCAUGUUGAGGCAACUCUCACUGGGCACCACUCUGAGCACCAGCACCUUAACCGACUUUGGGUUCCCCCCAGUUUACAGUGACGGAGACACGGUGGAUAAUACAUCUGAGACUAUCUCUCCUGAAAUGCACAGCAGAGCCACGACAAGGAGCGAAAAAGCAAAAAAUACAAGAGACAGAGAACGUGCAAAGAAGUCCGCUGUGAAGAUUGAGAGUGUCAUUCAGGAGGAGAGUCACCUGUGUGAUGCCAAGGAGACUGAGCAGCCCUCUCUACCAGUGGUUGGCACCUGGGAGUUUGAGCUGGAAGAUGACGAGUAUCUAAAUUUCCUUGAGCUCUUCCUCAGCUACGUGCUAGAGAAGGAUAGUGCUGAUGGAGGGGACUCAGGCAGUGAACUUCCUCUGUUGAAGGGCUUCUCCUCCCAGCUGAAGGAGAGAGAGUUACAUUCUCUCACCUUUGAUGUGCUCACCACUAUCCAUCGCCGUCAAAGAGAUGCGCACCAUCCAGCGAGAAAACACCAGGGCAGUGAUCCUCCAGUGUUCAGAGCCGGCUGCUGCUACAAGCCAGCGAAACAAAGUGCAACACCAGAUAUGCAGACUUCCUCCGUCUUGAGUGAAGCCCUCGAAUCCAGAGCUGGCUUGUCUGCCAGCUCUCUUCCUCGGCUGAGAGAGGGCAGGCAAAAAGGUUUGUUUGGGCUCCGACAGCAAAAAAGUGUGCAUCUAGGCCAAAAAGUGAAGGAGGGGUGCUUUAGUUCUGAAACCAGCCCCAUUCGAAGUGCCUUUCCCACGGGGCAGCCAUCAGAGAGCAUGAUUCUUUGCUCCUCAACUUCUGGUGAAGCGGUGAAUGAACUGCAGCAGGGUCUGGACCCUCAACUAGAGGCUCAGUUUCCAAAGCUGGGCAGGCUGCUGGAGUGGAUGGUACGCUGGGCUGAUCGGAGGGUGCUGCUAGGACAUCAUGGCAAAAAGAAGAAAGAGAGGGGAGCAGGGGAUGGUGGAACGGCUGAUGAAGGAGUAGUGAUCCGUGUCAAAGCCUCGGCCCCUGCCGUACUCACUUCCCUCAGCUUGCUGGAGCGCAGGUACAUCGCUCUCCUCGGGGCUGACCGCUACAGUGCCCACAUCCAAGUCCCAGAAACACAGUGGACUGUAGCCCCAGUGCUGCAACCUGAGGCGGAUAGGAAGCUUCAUAGAGAGAGCAGUGUGGAUACAGGCUACCCUGGAUCAGCCAACACUCCCAUUAUUGGUCUGGAUCACAGUCUACAGCAAGAAGAUCUGUCUAUUGGCUCUCGUACAGAUGAGCCAGAGGAACUGACGUUUCACAGGACACCUCUUCCUAAUGACCAGGAUCUGCUGAUCUGUGAGGCUCAGCAGAGACAGUCCACUUCACAACAACCAUUGCUUGAUGAUUUAGAUGUUACACCUGAAAAAGAAGGCAAAAGCAGUGGCAGUGAAGGCCCGGAAGUGUCGUCCUCUGCUUCCAGUGAGAACAUUUCUGGAAACAUCUGCACACCUGAAACGAGUUUAAGACUUGCAGACUUGGACAGCUCUGAAAACGCUGAAGACACGUCCAGUUUUACCUCUCUCCACAGUCUUGCUAAGAGCCUACAAGAUUCCCCACACCCAGAGCGCCAAACUCUUCCUACUGUCCAACCUGAGGCAGACGUCCAUGCAGAGCCUUCUGGUUCAACUGGAGUGCUGCUCCCCAACACACUUGUGGAUCCUCCCAGCUGUCAGCCACAAACCUCCACGUCUCGUGCCCCCACUGAAGAGUCCACAGCUCCCAAUCCGCCACUAUCCACUGAGACUCCGCAAAUGCAACAGCGUCUGGGUGAAGAUUUAUUCAGACUGGUUCAGAAUAUCAACUACGUGAGCCUGAUGGAGGUUUUGGGAGCUUCGUUUUCAAACCUGCAACUUGCCCACCAGAACUCUUCUUUGGCCCAGUCUAACACAUCACACCUGAAUGUGCCACCAUCUUAUGUGGCCAAUUUCAUCCCUCAACCAAGUGCCUUACCUUCGAAAAACACAAUUUCUGUGCCAUGUCAGACUGAAGCAUUUGUGCCAAAUUCAAGAUCCAGCCAUCCUCAGUCCAAUCAGGCCCCUGCAUGUAUGUUUGCAGACCAGACUACCGUCCAGAGCUCAGGAACAACCUCUGCAACAGGCGGCCAGCAUCAUGCCACCUCCACUGCUAAUGGUGCAGGUGUAAGUUAUCAGGAAAUGCAGCCACUCUCUAUUCAAGCAGUGUCACCAGAGGAGAGCAGGAGGUUAAUCCCACCCUCACAGGGGCUUCUGGCCACUGCUGACAGCAGUCACACUUUUCACAGUGCCCCUGUAUUACUGCCUUCUAAUGGCAGCAUGCAAAAAGAUCCUGCUCCCCGGGUGUUGGGCCUGAAGUUACUGCAGCUCCAUUGUCCUCCAUUGCCCCAGCAGGGUGCCCCACACCAUCCCCAAGGCUCUCAGACGCCUCACAAUGCAUCCUCUGCAACUAUGGAAUUCCAUCUGCAUAAGCUUAAAAACAAUAACCAAACUGCCUCGGUUCCAAAAAGGCUACUCAAUUUUAAUCCUCCACGUGAUCCAACUCUGAGGAACUCUCAACCCAAGAGUCAGACGUCGGAAAGAUGCAGGGAGAAAGGGUUUCCUCUACUUCCUCCUGCUUUGCCACCUCACACACCUGCACUGGUGCAGGACCUUCGUCUGCUGCACUUUCAGCCUGCUCCACACAGCAACACAACGUUCCCCAAACUACCCUUACCACCUCCAUCCAGGCCCACAAGUUUUGUUUCAGUUCCAAGGGGAGAAGCACCUAUGAUCAAGCUUCUACGUCUAGACCCUGAACCAAAAAUGACGUUUCCCGAGGCAGCUCCUUCAGGCCAAAUGGUGCGUCUCAUGUCAGUGGAGGAGCUGACGAGUUCAGGGAUCGGGAGGCAGAAUGCUGAGGCGACUCGACUGCGGUUGCUCAGAGUAGACCCAUCUACUGACAGCGCUAGAGGAGCUACAACUUCUCCCAGCUCCAACUCCAGCAAGAGACAGAAGAGGAGAGAGGAGAAAGCCGAGAGGGCAAGAAAAGCAGAAGUCACAUUCAGACCAAAUGACUCUGUCAUUCCCACACUUGAGCCAACAAAUGAGCCUUUAAAUGAAGAGCCUGCGCCCGCAGAGGAGAUCACCACUGCAAGAGAUGUUCCCAAUUUUGCUCAGUUUGGGUCCUUUGAUUCUUUGCUAACUGGUCAGAGAUUGUUGGACAGGGCCGAGUCCACUUCAGCUGAGCUCCAUGCGUUUGCUUCCACAUGUAAAAGACCCCCAGAGUGCCAUGAUGCUUUCACCAACACAGACCCAGCUUGUCCUCCUAAACUUGUGGAUAAAGCUGUUUCUGCCUCUGUGACUGCUAGUAGCCCUAAAUCACACACUCCAGGAAAUCUGCAGUUUUUGAACGAGCGCCUUGUUCAAGAAACAGAGGAGAUGCAGCAGAGAUCAGAGCAGAAUCUGGGUCUGGGUGGCCGCCAGUUCUUAAGUGUUUUGGAUCUAGAAGACAAAGCCCUGCACCAGGACUUGACGUGCGGUCUUAGCUCAGGAGCACAGGAUGUUCCUUCCGUCCGCCCUCCUUCACCCACUUCUGCUCAGCUUCAUUUACUUGCUACCUCUGUCAUAAGGAGUGCUUCUGCUGCUGAUGAUCCACAACCCUCAGUCACAGUUCAAGAGGAUCUCGACUUGCUAUCUCAAGCAGAUAUCCCUGAGGAGCUACCGUCACUCAGCCACAGUGAGCCCAACAGGAAUCCAGAGAGAAUCCCUCAGCAAGACAUGUUAGAUCCGCCUGACUCUGAAAUCUGUCAAGCCAUAAAGACACAGAGGGCUACACCCCACAGUGCCUCAUCCACACCUCCUACAGUCUGGUUCUCCUCCCGCCUGUCAGAGCUGGACGCUCAGCUGGCUGCUCUACAGAACAUCGCAGACUAUCUGGAGAUGGACUUUUCCAACUCCAGGAUGCUGGUGAACACCAUCGAAAAGCUCACACCAGUCUCAGCUCCUGAUGCAAGGACUACGACGGCAGUAAAAAAAACAGUCAGACUGUCUGUCCCACAGGGAGCAUGGUUACCACAACUGGACACUUUAACUGAGCUGAAUGCCUGUGAAAAGGAAGAAGAAAAUCCGGAGGAAGAUAGUGUGGUUCAUAAUGACUCCUGGGCUCCUGAAAGGAGGCCAUCUUCUCGUUAUUCCACUUCUCCCGAUCACCAAGCUGGUCCAUCCUACCUUCACACCCCUCCAAAAAAGAACGAUCAGCUGACUGAGGCAUCUGGAAUAUCUCCUGUAUGUGCAGAUGAGAAUCUGGGUCAGACUGAGUUAUCUGAUACGGCAGAAAUCUUAGACGAGUUGGUGAGGGAAGGCUACAUAUCCUUGACUGACCUGGAUUUGUCCACUUCACAGACUUCACACCAUAGCAGCAGGCUGGAGCCGCAGCAAAGUAGCAGGAUGUCGCAGAAACGCGGCCUCCUAGAGGAUGAGAGGAGAGAGUUAAGGAUCUGGAUGAGGAGGAAGCAGAGGGAAAGACUGACUGUUUAUCAAAAACACAGAGAGAGUCUGAGGGAGCAGGAGCGCAAACCCUUUUCUACCUCUGGAACAGCGAAAUCAACAAACAAGAAUCAAGCAACUGUUUGGAGAACCAGAGAGGAAAAAGAAAAGUUCAUGUUGCUGGAGCAAUACAACCAGAGGAUCCAUAAUGCCUGUUCUUUGGCUGAUGACUUCACCAUUAAUCCUCCAACCCUGCGCAUUUCUUCAAAGACUGAAGUUAGUCCAGCGGCCCUCACUACAAGACCCAACUCCGCUCCACCGCCUGAAAGCACUCACAGGGCAGGCAGUGUGUCUGCAAAUGAUAAAAGAAGUCUUAAGUCAGGACAGGCUCAAGCUCACUUUCGUCCAUGGACUGCUGAGACGCAGGGACGGCCUUCAGAGGACUACCGCAGGAGACUCGGACUACAUAGACCAGUGACCUCUCUGCCAAGGGACCGUCUGUCUCAGGUGACCAGACGUGGCAUGCUAGCACACACAAAGAGCCAAACAGACAGCCAGAGUGAGGAGCGGCAUGUCGGGCAGCUGAGAAAGACAGGGCCAAACAAAGGUCCUUCAAGAGGGGCGGCUGUAGGGAGAGGGACCCUGAGGGAGCAGAUGAGGAUGGAAGAGAGAGAUGACGGGAACCUUUGGGAGCCAACCUCUGAACUAAAUAGGCUGCUGGACAAAGAGGAGUCCCAGUCUAACAUAGUUUUGGCCAGAUUGCAGGAUGAGCAGAGUGCUGGUGCCAGAGCUGGUGUGUCGGCGAUGGACUGGCUGGACAACCUCUCUGAGACCGCCAGCAGCAACCUCAGCAAAAUAGACUGGGCUGCUAUCGAGAGGCUGGUGGCUGAAGAGGACGGUUGAGCUGGAGUGUCUCGAGGAAAGGACAACACCACCACGUUGUGACUUAAGUAGAUAUUAUAUUACUAUAAAAAGAACUCUUCCAAUAUUGUAUGUGCCUAUUGAAAAUAGUGUGAUUAUAAUAUACUAAAGCAUUUAAACUUAUAAUAUAGAUUUUUAAAAUAAAUUUGAUAUGGUAAGCAGUGAUAUUAACCAUCAAGCCAGAUUUAUUUUUAUUGGUAAAGCUGCAAUAAAUCAGAUGUGAUGUAAUCACUCUCAUAUAGAAUUUUUAAUACAAUAUUUGUUGCACUGACAUCUGCAAUGAUGUCCUCUUGAAAGUUUAGGUUUGUGCCAUUUGUGCAUUGUCUACAUUUAUAAUUUAUUUUUGUACAGACUUGACCAUCCCAAUUAUUAAUUAUGUGGAUUUCAGCCUUUCAAAGCCAUUUUUUCUUAUUGUUGUAAUUCUAAUAAUGUGUGAUAGCUCAAAUUAUUUUAUUGCCUUAUACAAAGGAUUUUGCUGUGAAUCUAUAAACUUUCAACUAAUUUACCAGUCUUUAUUUAAUUAAAAUCAAACGUAUACAUAGUAUAAACAGAUCUUUAUUAUCUUUAUAUAUGAA